AUGCGAAAGGCAAACAGUGAACGAAAAUUGCCUGUUCAACAGCUUACAAUUCUAGCAUUAUGUCGAUUCGCGGAACCCAUCGCCAGCACAUCGCUGCUACCAUAUCUACCAGAAAUGAUCGAAUCCUUCCAAAUACCCCAAGCGGACGUAGGAAGAUGGGCAGGUCUCUGCUCGGCCACAUUCGCCCUUUCACAAGCUUUCAUGGGAAUCCAAUGGGGCCGCUUUUCUGAUCGAUAUGGUCGAAAACCUGCCAUUCUGAUCGGACUUACUAGCACCGCCAUCAGCUUGCUCAUCUGGGGAUUCAGCACGAACCUGCCGAUGGCUAUCGCCGCGCGUGCGUUCGCUGGUGCGGCGAAUGGCAAUGUGGGCAUCUUGCGGACCACAGUCGCUGAACUAGUACCGUACAAAGAGCUACAGCCGAUUGCUUUCAGUAUCAUGCCGUUGGUUUGGAAUGUCGGUAGCAUGUUCGGACCGAUGUUGGGGGGUUCGUUGGCGAAUCCGUUGAAUGUGAAGCCAUACGAGCGACGAUUAGAAGGCUCACUCUUGGAGAGAUAUCCAUAUGCUCUUCCCAAUAUCGUGGCGGUGUGCAUGUUCGCUAUCGGUAUCAUUUCUGGGAUCUUCUUCCUACACGAGACGAUGGAAACGGCGCGGGAUAGGAAAGAUUACGGUCUUAUCGCAGGACGAAUGUUCACUAAUAGCUGCAAGAAGCUGUGGAUCAGGAUACAGACCACCUGGUCAAGACGAUCUAACAUCCGCGAAGAUAGAUCGCUAGACGGUGAAGAUGAACCAUUCAUCCAAGCGAGCAUCACGGACGAUGAGGAAAGCUUAUACAACAGACCAGCACCUGCUGUGAAACAAGCUCCUCCCGGCUGGCGGGAAGUCCUCAACAAACAAUCCGUGAUCAACCUCAUCGCAUACACAAUGCUGGCCUGUCACACAAUGGCAUUCGACCAACUGAUCCCCGUCUACCUGCAACACAGCCGCAUCGGCUCACCGGAUUCCACCCCGUACCACGCCCCGCUGAAAUUCGCCGGCGGAUUCGGGCUCGACCACUUCCAAAUCGGCAUGAUCAGCACGGCCAAUGGCCUCUUCAGCCUCGUACUCCAAUUCCUCCUGUUCCCGCCUCUCGCUCGCCGCUAUGGCGCGUUAUUCUGGUACAAGAUCGUGUCUCUGCUGUUCCCGCUGACAUACCUCCUCACGCCGUUCACGGCCUUGCUGCCGACCACAAAGUCCCAGAUCGCCUGCCAGCUGGCAUUGCUGUUCCUCAAGGACUUUGCGAGCGUGUUUGCGUUCCCCUGCAGCACCAUCCUCUUGACGAACAGCGCCACGAGUAUGCGGACGUUGGGCACCUUGAACGGCAUUGCGACUUCGACCGCUGCGCUCGGCAGAGCUGCAGGCCCAGCUUUCAGCGGAGCGGUCUUUUCCUGGGGCGUGAAGUCGGGCUAUAUCAUCGCGCCGUGGUGGCUGAUCUGUGCUUUCUCUAUCGUUGCGGCGACUCCGGUGUUCUGGCUUGUAGAAGGCGAGGGUUUCGGUCAGCCGGCGGUUGAAGAGGAUGAUGAUGAUGAUGAUGAUGAUGAUGAUGAUGAUGAUGAUGAUGAUGAAAGUCACGAUGAUGACGAUGACGACGAUGGUGAUGAUGUUCCAUCAAAGCGCAAUGACCGUGUUGCAGAGCUCGCGGCUGUCGACAGCACCGCUGCAGCGGCGGGAGAAGCUGAUCCACCGGUGUUGCCCGGCAAAGUCAUUCGUCGGGUGCAGUGA